GUUUUCUUUUAUACUGUUAAUUUAUUUUCGUAAUUAUUAGAUUAUUGUUUUGAAGAAUAUAUCUCCCCAUACGCAUAAGGGGUGGCAAAAACUCUUGUCCAGGAGUAAAUCCUGCCUUCACAUUAAUAAAAUGAUUCGAUGGUAUUAAUAAUAAAUAAUGGUAUUCAAAGAAUAUCAAUAAUUAAAUAUAAUAAAUUGUCGAUGAGCUAAAAUCAUUACACAUUUUAUAUCAGCCAAAGGAUCGUUGUUAUGGCAAUGAUAUGAUGUGAGCUCAUUGCGCAUGCGCAGUGAUCAGCUGAUACGAUGAAACACAGGUGACCUCCGUGCUCUCAAGCAGUACUCUUCUGUACGUUGGGUAGUGAGGUUCGCAGUGUUGUGUCGUGUCUCAUUCAGCCUGUUAUCGAUUUUGUUGACCAUUUCUCAUCAUCAUCAACAGGGGAUAGUAGAACAUCCAACCCAGUCGGUCAUUAAUGAAUGUACCUCUGGAUUACGACAGCCCAUCUGCAAUCUAGAAAUUAGAUCAGCGUUAUUUUAGCAACUUAGUAAUUAAAUCGCUUUAAUAUGAAUUACUUGGGGAAAGUUAUUAACAACUGCAAAUACAUAUAUAAUGAAAUAAAUGCUGCAACAUUAACAGGAGCAAUAGAUGUUGUUGUUGUCGAGCAGCCUGACGGAACAUACACCUGUUCUCCUUUCCAUGUAAGGUUUGGGAAAAUGGGUGUUCUUCGGAGCAAAGAAAAAAUAGUCGACAUAGAAAUUAACGGAGAACCAGUUGAUAUCCACAUGAAGUUAGGAGAAAGUGGAGAAGCCUUUUUCGUUGAGGAAGUCGAAGAAGAAAUUAUUCCUCCUCACUUGGCCUGUUCUCCCAUUCCUCCCGAUUCAGGAGAAGAGACAGCUGAUUGGAAUAGAUUAGAUGACGAGGAUCAUGGAGGAGGGGAAGGAGUUGGACCUGGUGGAGGUGAAGCUCUCACAUCAAUCGCUGAAAUUGUUGUUGAUGAAUGCAGUUCCGCUGCGCAAUCAGAGGCGGAUCCUCCAACCUCAUGUUCUACUCCAAAAACAUUUAAAGCUGAGAAAGUGGACGAUGAAAUGAUUCUUGGAGGUUCUGUUGAAUUCAGGCCAAUCGUUGGUCAAAACUCUAGUACCUCAUUAUCUGGGCUAGAUACUGAUUUUGCUAAGGAUGAUUCACCAUCAGCAGACGAAAGAUUAUCAAUGAAUAAUGUUCCUCCCUCUACUAACAACAAGAGGAAAAGGAGGAAGAAAUCGACCAAAAAGAAACAGCAACAAAAGAGAAAUAGUCUCCCAGUUGAAGAAGUCAGUUCUGAAGCGAUUUUUCAAUUGGACGAUAUAGAUACCAUGCAGUCAUCAUCUGUUGAAAAGCCUGUCGAAAAGGAAGAAACAAAACCUCUGGAUCUUUCUUCUGUGCAGCUUGAUGGUCCAGAUAUCCAUUUCUUCAGCGAUACUGAGAUCACACCUGGCACAAGCCCAAGAGAAGGUUGUGAUUUCGGGCCAAUUCAAAGUGAUUCUGAAUUUGAGACAAAGAGAAUGGAAGGUGAAGAAAGGACAGGUUCUGAAGAGCCAUCCCAGUCGCAAUGGAAGUGGGGUGAGCUGCCAACUUCUAGCAGCUUAGAAGAUAAAAAGCAGGAAUCGCAAAAAUGGAUACUUCAAAAUAUGCUGGGGUUUAUGAAGAAGACAAAGCAUAUGAGGCAUAAGAAUGAAUCUGAUGGUGGUAUUUACUUAUCGGAACUCAAUUCCGAUGACCCAGAGAUGACAGCUCUCUACUUCCCAUCAUCGGCCCAUAGGCAGAGCACUUCUGGAGUUAUUAUGGAUUAUCAAGAAGAAACUCGUGAAGAAGAUGCUGAAUCAGGUAACGGGCCAUCUCUUCCUCAAUCCCCGCAUAGUGUUGAAGGUGCAGUUUGUGGACCUAAAUCGUCAGAUUUUGAACAUUCUAAAGGUUUCCCUGAAGAUCUUGCUAUGUCAUUUUGUGGUCCAAAUCCUACACCAGAACAGUUUGAAGAAGCGCAAAUAGUAUACAACGAUUUUAUUGUAAAUCCGCAAAUCAUCUUUGAUCCUAAACUAGUCGUGAGGGUCGAUGGAAAGUAUUACACCUGGAAGGCUGCUGCUCCUAUUCUAGUCUCUUUCUUCUUUUUCAAUAAAACAUUACCUCAGGAUGUUUUAUCGAGGAUAUCAGAGAGUGAGGCAGAACACGAUGAAAAGAUAGGAGAGGCGAGAAUUGAUGAAAAGGGAAAACCAUCAAGGAAACCUUAUUCCUGGUUUUAUUGGUCUCGAAACAACCCCCAAGCACAGAAAUAUCCUAAUAGUACUGAAGUAUCUAGUCCAACUUCCUUAAAAGAAGAAGAAAUUAAAACUACUGAAAUAGUACCUGUCGAAACAAUUGAAAAACCUGAUCCUCCUAAGAGACCUGAUUCCAUUUCAACCGAUAUACCACCAAUUGUUGAUCAGCCUUUGGAUCUCUCACCACAGAGUAGAGACGACCAUUUAGAUUCCAGGCUUGAAGAAAAUAUUAAGGAACCUGAGACUGCAACACCUGACUUUAAUAGCGAUAAAUAUCGUAAAACACUUCGGUUGACAUCUGCCCAAAUCGCAAGUUUAAAACUUCAUCCUGGAGCAAAUGAAAUUCAGUUUAGUGUUACGACAGCGUACCAGGGAACAAGUAGGUGUAAAUGCUUCCUUUUCUGUUGGAGAUAUGAUGAUAAAAUUGUCGUAUCUGACAUCGACGGAACCAUUACAAAAUCUGACGUGCUUGGGCAUAUUUUACCCAUUGUUGGAAAAGACUGGGCGCAGAGUGGUGUUGCAAAGCUAUUUACCAAAAUCAAAGAUAAUGGUUACAAGUUACUCUACCUUUCAGCGAGGGCUAUUGGUCAGUCAAGGUUGACGAGGGAAUAUUUGAAAUCAAUUAAACAAGAGGAUCUUGGUCUACCCGAAGGCCCAAUGCUCCUCAAUCCUACUAGCCUUCUUAAUGCAUUCCAUACGGAAGUUAUAGAGAAGAAGCCAGAAGAAUUCAAAAUAUCCUGCUUAAGAGACAUUCAAGCUCUGUUUCCAACUCAUAUAAAGCCUUUUUACGCUGGAUAUGGUAACAAAAUUAAUGAUGUCUGGGCAUAUCAGGCUGUUGGUAUUCCAAUCUUCAGGAUAUUCACUAUUAACCAUCGAGGAGAGUUGAAGCAUGAGCUAACAGAGACAUUCCAGUCAACGUACGUAUCUUAAAAUGAUAAAUAUUUAAUCCUAGUUCGUAGGAUGGCCUUGUAUCAAUUUGCUUUAAGGAAAUCUUAUGGAAAGCAGGUUGUGGUGAAUCCUAACAAUAGGGGGAAAAGGUGGUUGGUGGUCAUUGCAAUGUCUUGUAGAUUACCUUUUCAUAUUAUUUUUCCAGUUACAUUGGACAGAGUAACAUUGUGAAUGAGCUUUUCCCACCUCAGGAGGACAAAAUGAGUAGCCUUCCCAUUGAUGAGGGGAAAGAAAGCGAUGAGAAUAUUGAAAGGCUGGCUGAAGUAGAUGAGAUUUAGAAAGGACGGUAAGGUCGCUGAGAUGCAAUUAUAUCUCUAGGCCUCGAAUAACAUAGUGGAGGUGAAUUUGCAUGUAAAAAUUGCACGCAAACGUUUUUCACAAAUGUUUGUCAUAAACACAGCUUAAGACUAAUAUUUGACCUGCCUUACAUAAUGAAUGAUAUCUUGGUUAAUGUCUCAAGUAAAAGGAAGCCCCCAUAUGAAUUGAGAAAAUCGAUACAAUGCCUUGAUAAAACCUGCUGAUGGUCAGGUGGUUAAUCAUGUGAUUUUGAAGUUUCGCAUUGCUGCAAUAUUCAUUUUUUAAUAACACUAAUAAUGGCUUUUUGAUUAAAGGUUUUGGCUUUUGUGAUGUAUAAAAAAUUUACCAUCAAGGAAAUAAUGUUUGAUUGGUAAUGGGUAGUUUUUUUUUAUUGUUAUAAGAAAUAAUGCUUUAUGAACCUCUAAUUAUUUUUCAAAGCAAAUUAGUAUAUUGAGACAGAGCAUUAGAAAUAAUUAGUUAAUAUAAACAUAUUAUAUUCACUGAAUAAGCCUAUUCAGUUCGAAAGAUGAAAUUGGUAAAUACUCUGUAUGUAAGAGUUCCUCCAACCCUCAAUUGCUUAAUUUAGCCUAAAUUCAGAGUUAGUAUGUAGCCUUCUAUUUUUAUUACUACUACUACUAAGUCUAAGUACAGAUUUAAUUUGGCAUACAUUUUCUUUCAUUUAUAAUAAUAAUAAUAAUAAGACUUAGCGAACCCGAAGGUUCGAUGCCGAUACCACCAAUCGAUGUCCACAUUCUUCCAUCUACGGGACUCCAUCUAAACCCAACCCUGCCAAAUCAGCCUUAACGCUGAUAACAAGCAUUUCCCGCCUUCAACCUAAACUUAAUAUCCUCUUGAAUUAUGUUUUUUUCAGUUAUCGAAGACUCUAGAUACCUAAAAUUCUGUAUGUGUUCAAACACAUUCCCUUCUAUAUCGAUAUCAUUGACAUUGUCGCUGUUUUUGCAGCUAACCUUAUAUUUAGUCUUAUCCGUAUUUAUUUCGAGUCCUAGUUCUUUUCCGGCUUUUAUCAACAUUGUUGUAUUUAAUUUUAUUGUUUCCAUGUCUUCGCUUAACAGUACCAAAUCAUCAGCAUACCCAAGCACCUCUCUAAUGGCAUGUUCUAAUGCCAAAUUAAAUAGGACAGGUGAAAGAGAAUCGCCUUGUUUUAAGCCCGAACAAACCUCAAAUCUGUCGGAUAAAUAAUAGCUGAUUCUAACUUUAUUGAGUGUUUC